GGUACUUCUCACAAAGACUUUCGUCUAAUAUUUCUUGUUUUCCCGCUGUUUCUUGUGCCCUAACUACGAAUUCCAGGACAUAUAUAAUAGCUAGAGAACAUUCUUGCAGCUUGAUACUGACGUAGCUAGUGUAUUAGUCUUGAGGCGUGCAGUGAGAUUGUUUGGUCAGGACAAACACCGGGGAAACCCUUAGUAUUUGUCAGAUUUCUAUUGUUUUAUCUCGGGCCGAGGACUUUUUCGGCAAAUUUCCGACCACGCCGCCGCUGCCACCGACGACGACGAGGAGCUCAACUUGUAGAAGCCAGUCUCCCUUGAACCUAUCUUCAUCCUGCCACGUCUCCAUGUCAUGCCCCGCAACCCGAAUCUGGGUACCUCGACCCUUCGAAACCGCAAUCGAGUUACCAACAAGACACGCCUUAAGGUCAUCCAAGGCAGCAUCGAUGCAGACCCUCUCGUGGUCGACGAGGACGAGGAAAAGGCCAGGAUCAUUAGCACUGCUGGCGUGGACGCUGAGGACGCCAAUGAGCACCACUUGCAGGCGGUACUGUCCGCUGCGUCCCACAGACACCAGUCAGUGGGUCGUUCAACACGUGGCGAGAAGGCUGUCGCACCCGCCGCAUACAUUCCCACACCAGACUCCACUGGUAUCGUCGACAACUAUGACGAGUUAUAUCCUUCGCAGCGGUGGGAAGACCCAGGCGCAUACAUCAGAUCCUCAGAGACUGUCGAUGAGGCAGUCUCAAAUGCGCUCAUUGAUGCGUUCACGUACUACAUGGAUGAGCGUGAUAAGGAGUGGCUCGAUAGAAACAACGAGGAGGCGCGUGGUGAAGGCACAAGUGCCCAGGGUGCUCUUUCGGCCGCUGGCACAACGACACGCUCCGGCCUAUCCCAACGAAGUGCUAAGGCGAAAGGCAAGGAGCCUGAGCCAUCACAACCUCUUGCUAUUACGGAAGACGAGUUCGAACUUGUAAUGGGUAUCUUUGAGAAGGUUACCCAUGACACGACGGAGUUCUUGCACCAUGGCCUCGAGUCUGGCAUGGCGUUUCCUCCGUUCACGGACUAUCAAGACGCAUUUUCAUCCCCAUUACCACCCUCUAUGUUUGCUACAUUCACAGUGCCAAUGUGGAUACCGCAACCCGCACAACUUCUACGCUCAGCAAAAGUUAUUUAUCCUUACUGGCGCGAUCGCCGCAUCGAAAGAAAAGGCCAUCGAAUUAUACCCAAUUUAAAUUUCGAUGAGUCAGACGUGCUCAACGAGUCUUAUAUUUGCUUCCGCCGCCGCGAGAUCAAGGCUGUCAGGAAGACCCGUGCUUCGCAAGCAACAUCGUCCGAUAAGCUUUUACGUUUACAGAACGAGUUGAUGCAGGGUCUGGAGCUCGCCAAAACGCUGCUUUCCAGAGAAAAUCUCAAGCGUGAUUACACACAGCAGACACUCCAGGUUUGGGACAAGCGCUUUGAGUUCGCCGAGCUCAAGCGCAAAUUUCCCUCAUUGGGCACAAAGGAGGACGAAGAGCUUCUACUUGACAAAGAGAGAGUAGCGAAGAAGCCCAAGAUUGAACCCAAUCGUAUCACUGGACUCAAGAUACGUACGAGAGAAAGCGGAGACCCAGGUUCUCCCGCUGUCGCUGUCGAGGCAUCUAUCCGACCCAAGGAACGCCUUAGCCUCAUCAAUGCCGCUAUGGACCGUGACCUUGCGAGCCAAAAGGAACGUGACCACGGGUACGAAGAUGUGGUGGAGAAUCCAUACCAACGCCCAACGUUUUCCUUUCCGCGACGCCACUGGAAGGCAAUUUUUCCCUCCUCGCGCUCGUCAACACCAUCACCAAAUGUAGCAGACGAGGAACCAGAGUUCGUGCGUUAUGUCCGCCACCGUGUGACUCGUCUAGGCAACGCUACGAUUGAUCGUCGUGGCGCUUUCAUGCAACGUCUUGGAAUUCGUAGCGAUGAUUCUGCGUUCACGCGACGACGGCAAGCGUUCGCACGGCGCAUGGAUGCCAUCGCUUCCGAGGAUGACGAGGAAAUGUCAGCUCGAUUACGCGAGCGUUGGAGGUUUGAUAAAGAUGAUGAGCCCACCGUUGGACCUGAGGGUGCCGAUGAGCAAGAUCGCAUUCUCAUCGAUGACUAUGAUCCAAAGUAUCUCCGCCAUAUGAUGACAUUAUUGUCCGAUCAAGACCAUCAGGCCCUAACGACAGAUAACACCAUUGUCGUUACCGUGGACGGCCGCCAACACUCUGUCUCCCCAUACCGCCUUGGAGUGCAACCCCAGUACAGUAUUCGCCGCGAUCAACAUGGCGUACAGCGGGUAUAUCCCGGAGGUAUGCCGCUGUCGGCCACUCGUGCAGCCCCCGCGGGCAUCCCGAUGCCGAAUGGUGUACCGAUAUCCAUGCAAGCGCAUGUCAAAGCGAUGCAACCGCCGUCUGCCAUCCCGCAAAUGCGCAUCUCAUCAAACGGUGGCAUGCGUCCUCCGGUUGUUGGGAAUAUUGCAUCCCCAAGUGCGCCUGCUGUUGCGCAGCAGUCCUCCCCUCCUCGCGCCGCUUCCACGAACGGAGUCAACGGAAAUCACGCUGGCACUCCUACGCCAGAUGGUGACUCAGUCAGGCUGAUCGCCGCACCAAAUGGCAUCGCCGUUAAUAGCACCACGACCAUCAAUGGCACAGCACAUCAGUCGACAGACGUGCAAAUGUCUCCCCCUGCUGAACCUCCCCAGCCCAAUCAGGCUAACUCACCAGCACGUUCUAAGGCCGAGUCCCAGCACGUUCCGGUAUCCGUCCCUCUCAGUAGUUACCACAUCCCCAUGAACGGUUAUACCACCCUGCCUAAUGGCGCUGUUAUGCAGAUGCAGCGACCGCCAAAUGGCUUCACCAUGCAGCAAACCAUGCAGCAAAUGCAAUCCUUCAAGAUGGCGCUACAGAGCGCGGAGGGACGCCCAGCGCAAGUUCCGUACCAAGGGCACCUCGUGCCUAAUGGCACGCACUUCAAUGUGCAGCUGGCGGGUGGUGCCAACCUUAACAUCAAACUUCCUCAGGGACGGCAAUGGCCAGGCGUAGUGUCACCUCAUCAGCAGCCCGCACAGCUUAACGAGGGGUCGCCAAGCCCUCAUGUUACGCCAGGCAACCUACCUACGCGUACGCCGUCUGCUAAUGGUAUGCGGACCGCGAACCGUGCUGGGAGCAUCAAUGUUCCUCCGCAGGUAGGUCAACUGCUACCAAACCAGUAUGUGAUGUCGCCCCACAUGCAGCACAACAGCCCAUCUCCACUGCCAUCGUCCGUCCCGUUGCCGUCCCACCAGUCCCCCCCUCGCCCACCGCCCACACCAACCAUGAAAAUGGCUUCCCCGUCUUUGCAGCACCAGCAGGUAGUACAGAGUUCGCAAGGCGGAUAUUAGUACGUACCACUGGGCGUUUUGCAAUCGGGUCCAUGCGCGCGUAUUUCUCCGUGAUCCCUGACAUUACCAUUCCGUCUAUACUCUUUCCGCUCUGUUUUGGUUACAAUAUCACUCCGUUUUAUGUGCUUUCCAGUUAUGUAUUAUUUUCGCAAUUUGAGGCAUUUUCAGUCUUGCACUUA